UUCAAAAUUUGUGGUCCAAUUCUCUAGCUAUGAUCCUUGGUGAUUUUUUUAGCCACUCGAACCAUCCUCUUCACAGUACGUUGAGAUAAUAUAGACACGAGUCCAAUUCCAGGUCGAUUCAUAACAUUUCCAGUUGACCGGAACUUCUUAAUUAUUGCUCUGAUGGUGGAAAUGGGCAUUUUCAAUGCUUGUGCUAUUUUCUUAUAGCCGCUUCCCAUUUUGUGAAGCUCAUCAACCUUUUGCUGCACAUCACAGCUAUAUUCCUUGGUCUUGCCCAUUGUUAUGAAUGCCUAAAGGAAUUUGGCCUAUGUGUUACCUCAUAUUUAUACCCAUGUGAAACAGGAAGUCAUGGUUGAACAAUUUCCUGUUCCUAGUCACCCAGGUGUACUAAAAAUAUCAAUGGGAAUAUACUUCAAAUAUAUUUUUCCUCAUAGGAAUGCCAAUAAAUGUGGCACAAAAAUGUUUCUUUUUUUUGAUAAUCCUGUGUUGUGUUUGCAAUUGUUUGAUAUCCAUGAGAGCAGAGUAUUUUUGUGAUAUAAAAAUAUCAAAAGGUUAAAAAAAAAAAAAGAUUAGUGUACUUAAUGGUUGUACCAUUGUCCCAUAUAACAUAUUGUGAUUUAACAGCAAUACAAACGUAACCCAUUUUAUCUUUUAUCACCAUUAUAGACAACAUACACUGUACAAUCUGUAUAUUGAUGGAAAUGUUUAGGGCUCACCCUUGGUGUUCUUUUCUUUAGUCAUUUAGUCCUAAAAUAUUGCUCAGUUUUUAGUAAGAUAUUGAAGUAUUAUUAUAUAAAUAUAGAUUUAAGAGACAGUUUUUCCCAUGCUGAUAGUUUUUUUCUAUGGUAAACCUGACAUUUGCAUGGAAUUGCCCAGUUACAUUAAUCAAAAGUAGUGUAACCUUCACCCAACAUUUGAAAUAGCACUCACAGUACAUUAGCGAGCUGAUGGAUUAAGCCAAUAUAUUGGAUUUCACCAAUGAUGACCUAGUUAAUUAUGGGGCCAGUCUUAUGGAUACAUAUUUGGACUGAUGUUAUUUACGCCUAUAUGCUAGCAUAGUUGAUCUAGCUACUAGUUUUAGUGGUUUUAGAGUAGGAUUGGUAUCUGCCUAGUGUCUGCUGAGAAUGUUGUAAGAAAACCAAAACUUUUAAACCAACUAAUCUGAUCCUCAAAACUCGACAUGGCAAGGAAUAUGAAAAGUUCGUUAAAGCUAAAGCAGAGGCUGCUUCAGCUAAAAAGGGACAAUCUUCAUCAACAAAGGCUUUAAACAAAGGCUAAAGCCGGGUGCACACUGUGCGAUUUUUAAUAGUCCUUUGCGACUGUUGCUUGUCAGACUGUACGAACAUGAUCCCCGCUGUAAGCCAUGAUCACGCUGUAGGAUCUCGGUUAUCAUUAAUGUCAGACUGUACGACAGUCAAGACGUGAAAAACGGACGCACGCAAGAAGACUCGUACGGAGUAGGAGAAGCCACACUACAGGACUGUCCCUCAAAUCUUCUGACACUUCCAGAAUUUAAUCAGAUGAAAAAUUUGAUCGCCACGGCCGUUAAUCGGCUGUCGGAGAACACGUCAAACUAGCUAUCAAAGACUACAGAUUUUGGCCUGGGAUUAUAGGAAUCGUUUAGGAUUCUCAAAUGGAAAACAUGUAGAUAAAGAGAGAAUACAGUUAUUUACAUUUCUUUCAAAGUUGUGUAAUUAAUGAUCAGUCAUUUGAAACCAUCAUCUGUAUUGGCAGAUGUCAUUCUAAAAUAAUCGGCUAUCGGUAUCAGCACAGAAAAAUGUGUGUCGAUGUAUCCCUAGUAAAAUCUUAAUCUGUACGUCACUGGGUUGACGGAUGUAUACUGUACAUGGGACGUGUUUUCUGAACUAAAUGUAGGUUUUAUAUUUUUAGUGUUCUCAUUUUUUACAAUUCGGUAUAGGCUAAAUAUUGGGAAAUCCUCAAACACCUAUUUCGAUCAAGUCACAAAUUUUAAUGUGUGAGUUUUAUGUAGCUGUUGCCUAUAUGUCCUUCAAGCUUUGAUAGCAUGUGACGUACACACAGAAUACAGAUUACAUUCCUAAUGUGCUGCAUCUGAGAAGGACUGUUGCUAAAAUGUCUUCAUUGUUUUUAAAUGUUCUUCAGCAAUUAAUUACAAUAACCUGCGGAAGACGUUUAGCAAAGCAUUGAGAUAACGCCUUCUACUGUCAGUUUGUAAGUAGGAAUUCGACAGUUAACAUGCGGUUUAAUUUAGAGUCGAGUCUAAAAUGCCUAUAACCUUUGUUUUGUUUGGUGUCUAUGCUUUCAUUUGGUCAGAAGGCUGCAUGAAAGCUCUUGCACAGCCAUGUAAUUACUGACCUUUCCCCUAGACAUUUUAUCAUGGCGAGAUCAAUUGGAAGAAGGCCGUGAUGUGUGAAAUACAUCAAUGCUUCGUUCUUAGAUUUCGUUUUACUCAUCUUGAAUUUCCACAUUCAUGCCCAUCAGUUCACCUUAGGGCUGCAUGAUAGGAAUCACAUUUUUUGCUCCGAAUUGAGUUAAGGAUUCUCUCAUUCAGUUGCUUGACCAAUUUUCUAAGCAAUAAUAUGUAUAUUUAUUACACUCCUACGUUAUUCUAUCAAAGUGUGGUGUCUCCAUUUUCCUAAAGGAUUGUUUGGGAAUGACGGCCUGUCUGCAUUUUCAAUUACUGCCGGAGAUGUAAAUCCUGAGCAAAAAUAACUGUUAUUUAGUACACACUGUUAAUCGUGUCAGGGUGCCAAGAGUGCUGCAUGUCCUCUCAAAGUUAAAAGGAAAGCAGCAAUAUUAAUGGUUCGAUUAUUUGCGUUUGUUUUUUUUCUGUUUUUCUGCCAAGAUCCACUCAUAACCCACUCAUGGGUGAAAACGGUUCUUGAUAAACAUGCUCUAUGCAUGAUGUGUCAUUGAUGAGAUUUGAGCGAGAUGGUGCAUAAAGCCAUGAUUCACUCGCUCCAUUCAUUCAUUUAGUCAUCAUUUGUUCAGUAAUUAGGAAUUUAUCGUUCAGGACAUAAUAUUAAACAAUUGUUGAGGACCAAUUUUUAACCCUCUCACUAGGUGUUUAGGUCAAUUUAAAAUUCACUCGGGUUAUCUGACGUCGAUUCUCCCAUUUUUCUUCUGUAGAUUUACUGUACUGUAUGACUUUUUUUUUGUGUGUGUAACCUUGUCACCUGGUCGGUUGCCAAAUCCUCUGCUUUUAGAAAGAACCCAUCAGUAUCCUUGCAGAUCUGUUAUUCCCCAGGAUUACCAUGAGAACCAGAGAUUUAUGUCUCUGUAUCCCUCUGGACUUUGUGCAGCAUGUCUCUCAAAGAAGUCAUUCAAUGCUUCUACAUACAAUGGUGUAUUUUCCUGAUACGUAUAUAGAAUAACUCUCAUAUUUUUUUUUUUUGUAUUCCAGAGUGCACCACAUACAUUAAGGUUUUUCCAUCGAGUUCAAUGAGGUUCUUCACUUGCACCCAUCUACACGCAGCUGUUUAAAUCAGUUGCAAAUAUCUAAAGGAGAUUAAGCUGAUAAUGGUGUGUGCUGUACUCUCUUGCCAGUUCUGCUGGAUCUCAGGGGCUUCGGUUAUUUCCGGAGUCCAGCAUGACACAGCUGCUGCCCUCAGUAUUCACAGCCUGUUAGAGAUGCUCCAUGUGCGUGGGUGGGACCAUUUCGUCCAAGUCCCUGAAAAUGGAGGCACUCUUUCAUAACCUGUGCCGCAUAGAUGUUGUGUUUUUUCGAACCAAUGGUCCUUGGUGUUCACCAUCCUCAAGCCUGGUUUGCAGCACGGUCAACCUUGUGAUAUUUAAGUUUUCAAUUAUCAUGCAUGGCUCAAGUGAGACUCUCAUGCAUGCUCCUUUUUCAGCAUGUCUAUGGGAAAUGCCUCCAUUAGGAGUGGCCUUUCCAUUGCUCCCCCCAGUACUGCCCUCAUGUGCGCAGGAAGUUUCUGGGAAGUAAUCUGAACUCCUUUUCUCCUUAAGAAAACAACCUGCAGUUUUCUUGCUCCAUCACACAUUAUCAGUAAUGUUAUCCUCCUCGGAGGACUCGGACUGAUAUCGUUUUCAGAGGUGCAAAAAAACCAAACAGGUGUGGUGGUGUUGGGCUGCAGCUUGUAAUGUCUGUUGCAGGAGGUCAUGCCUUUUUCAAGAAACCUUUCAGAAUCGUUCAUUAGUUACGUCUUAAUGAAGGCAGCUUGUUUAGCUUUCAAGUUUAUGGAUGUGUGUGACUGGUUUGGAAUAAGAAAUGACAAAAGUUUGGUAGUGUAUCUGUAUUAUGCAAGUUUGACAGAGAACUGCUUCUUGCAAUUCCACAGCAAACUCUUUUAAAGACUCUUGGUUAGGUCACUGAACCCCUCGAGGGUACAAAUUUUCCAUUAGCACUGUUUGUGUUUGGCACUGAUUGGAAGCAGAUGCUCUUAAUGAAUCUUUGCCCUUUUUUUUUCUUGCUUGCUGUGUCUGUCUAAGGAAGCAAGCCAGAAUGACCUUGGCUUUAACAAUAGGAACAGCUAGCGAUCCCAGGCCUGGCCCUGCGCUACUGUAAAUACAAGGAUUUACCGGAAAGAGUCAUCGGGUUUAACUUUUCUAUUCUGUUUUCGGAAGCAAACCUCAGUUUGCUCAGAACCCAGAACUAUUUUAUUGACAAAUGGAGUCAGAGGCGCUCUUGCCAACAGUUGGUGUUUUAAUAAUAACACAGGUUAUUUCAGGCGCAUGAGUGAUGUUACAGACGGGAGUUUCCUUUGGCUUCAUGAGUGAUGGAAGUAUGUCAGAUGAGGAUAUGAACUGGUAUUACAGUUCGCCUGACUGCAGUGUUGAGCAGUAGAACUUGCAGGGUGGAGGGGGGGACCAACUGGUAGAAAGGGUACCGUUAUCUUUAGCCACACUGUCGCGCCCAAGCUGAGGUAGAGCUUCGUUCACAUUAGGGCAAGACAAAGUUCUGCUUAUUGUUUGACAGAAAGCUGCAAUCAUUCCGUGCUGCAAGGGCGACCCUAAAAUGUCUUCCAACGGGGACCUGCAAGACGUUGGGAGCUAUGAUAGCUUUUGGGAGCCGGGGAACUACAAGAGGACAGUGAAGCGGGUCGAUGACGGCUACAAACUCUGCAAUGAGCUGGUCAGCUGCUUCCAGGAGCGUGCCAAGAUUGAGAAGGCCUAUUCCCAGCAGCUGAAUGACUGGGCCAAAAAAUGGAGGGGUGUUGUGGAGAAAGGCCCACAGUAUGGCACCCUGGAGAAGGCUUGGCAUGCGUUUAUGAAUGCAGCAGACAAGCUGAGUGAGAUCCACAUGGAGCUGAAGGAAAAGCUGGUUACGGAGGACAGUGAGAAGAUCCGCAUGUGGCAGAAGGACGCCUAUCACAAGCAGAUGAUUGGAGGCUUCAAGGAGACCAAAGAUGCGGAUGAGGGAUUCCGAAAGGCCCAAAAACCCUGGACCCGCAAACUUAAGGACGUAGAGGCCACUAAAAAGAGUUACCACCAGGCCCGUAAGGAGGAGCGCACAGCAAUGACGCGUGAGACACACGCCAGGGCGGACACCACCAAGUCCCCGGAGGAGGUGCGCAAGUUCACGGAUCGGGUGGAGAAAUGCACCCAGGAAGCAGAGAAGGCAAAGGAGCGCUAUGAGAAAGCUCUGGAUGAACUGAACCGCUGUAACCCACGGUACAUGGAAGAUAUGGAGCAGAUGUUCGAGAUAACCCAAGAUGCUGAGAAGAAGCGGCUGUGCUUCUUUAAGGAGGUGAUGCUGGACAUUCAUCAGCAUUUGGACCUCUCCAGCAGUGAAGGGUUUAAGGUCUUGUUCCGAGACCUGAGCCAGACCAUUAAUGCAGCCAGUGACACGGAGGACCUGCGGUGGUGGAGGAACACGCAUGGACCUGGAAUGAGCAUGAACUGGCCGCAGUUUGAGGAAUGGUCUCCAGAAGCCAACCGCACCAUCAGUCGCAAAGAGAGGAACAGCCGAAUUGAUGAUGUCACUUUGACCAACAUUGUCUCCGCUGCUGAUGAAGCGCAUCAGACUCCGCAAGAUACCAUCCGAGCUGCCAAAGACUACUCCUCGGAUUGGUCUGAUGAAGAGAGCCCUAAGAAGUACAUCGCAGCGAAUGGAGUUGAGCUUGAACAAGAGGAGGAGGAAGAGGAGAAGGUAGUGGGUGUGCGCGUUAGAGCACUGUAUGAUUACACUGGCCAAGAAUCUGAUGAGCUGAGCUUUAAAGCAGGUGAAGAGUUGAUGAAGUUGGGAGAGGAGGACGAGCAGGGCUGGUGCAAAGGGCAGCUGGACAGCGGUGAAGUGGGCCUCUACCCUGCUAACUACGUCCAGGCCAUUGGCUCCUGAUGUCCCACCAAGACCCAUCACCUUCCUCGAGAAGGCCAUACCAUCACUGAACUGAUCACACUGAACUGUGCCAGCGGGGCCCGCCCGACGCUCUAGAGGCCCUGCCAGCCAUCGCUACAUUUACACAGGAACCACCGAAAAAAGCUCACAUCUUGUAUACUUGGGUUGACAGACUAGAGGAUUUAGGAUCAUGAUGCCAUGGCCUUAACUCAUGGCUUUGUGAGAGACUUUACAGGUACAGUGCCUUUUCUGGAAGAUUCAAGGAACAGAAUAAAGCAGAGCUGAAGAGUUACAGUACCGCCACCAUACUCGCCAUGCUCAUUACAGACUUUCCGCAUUUCUAAAGGGAUAAAUAUAUUUACUUUUCCGAGGUAUCGUGGGGCUGCAUCUACAUUAUGGGAAGUUGCGGGAGAUCGGUUUACUCUGACACGUCUGUCCUGUACUUGUGAAAUUCAGAUAUAUGAGAAAUCAAUUCAAGUAUUUAUUUCAACCAGAUCAAGCUGACUUUUUCUCACAAAUGUAUGUUGCCGUGUACAUGUAUUAUAUAUGUUUUCUUUAACAGGUUUAGUACUUGAGGUCAACUGGGCUGAACUCUUGCUGCAUAUAGCUAUAAAUGGCUGUAAGAUUCCUGAAAGCAUUGGCAGUUUUCUAAUCUUUCUUUUAAGCAUGAAUGCUUAGUUUUGCUUAGUUUUGUAGAAUAAUCUGGAUUUGUACCAUGUAAGAAAUUUAAGGAUCAAAAUGGGCUCUAUAAGACCAGUUUAAUUCUGACAUGUCCUAAAGGAAUUUAUAUUUUGGAAGCGGAGGAUGCUUAAAUCGAAUAGUGCUUUUAGUUAUGUUUUUAAUUUUCUUUUCCGUUUUUAAUUAAAAGCGACAUUAAAGACUCAGACCAAUGACUUCGAUGAGGUUAUCUGAGCAGCGCAUGUGUUUGUGUGUGCAUAUUUGUUUGCUUGUCUGUACAGACCGUGUGAGUGUCAGAAGAUAUAAGACUUAUUCUGGUUUCCACAUCCAUGACUGACACAACUGUAAACCUUUAACUACUGUAUCAACCUUUACUAAUCAGUGUAACAAAAUCCAAAUAAACACAGAUGAGCUGGUUA